AUGGGAUCAUCCUCUAGCGUUGCUUAACACAAAAGUGCCUAAUAAUUAGCAAAAAGUACUCCUCAAAAAAAUUAGGAGGAAGUUAAAAUGAGCGAAGAAAAUUAAUUUAACUAGCAUAAUAAAAAGAAUUAGUCUUUAUUACAUAGUAAUACACAUAAAAAAAAGAGCAUUCUAGUGAGUAAUAAAGAUGCUGACUCUUAGUAGAAUUAAGAUGAAAUUUCAAUUAAAUAAAGAAUUAAAAACAAACAUUUAAAAGAUUCUUUAUCAGAUUUGGAUGAGAGUGAACAUUCAAAGUAAGAUUUCUCUUCUCGCACAGAUAAUAAAGCAUGCAACAACAGCAAUAUCUUUGCUAAUCCAAAAAAGAAUGGAUUAACUCACUAAAACACACUGCAGAGUCCUUCUCAAGUCUACAAUUAAAAAGACAACUAAUAAAAAUAAAUCCAACCUGCUCAGCAGCAGGAAAAGAGGUUAUUUGGAGAUUUUUAUGUGAGUCCAAUAAAAAUUGAUAACAACUAAAGAGCUCCUACCUAUUUGGCUAACUUUAAUAUUGAUGAAUUGAAUACAGCGACCCCUAAAGAGGACCAGCAAAAGAAAAAAAAGCAAAAUGUAAUUAAUAUCGAAGAAAAGAAAUCUCCUGGAAUAGAAUUCGAAAGUAAAAAUAUAGUUGAAAUUAAAGACAGAAAUUAAAAUUUCUUCACAAAGGGAAACGUAGUACUGUCUGUAAAUCAUUAUAGUAAUUACAAUACUCAAAAAACAUAAGAUUAAGAGGAAUUUUAGACCGAGUUGUUAAAAUAAAUAGUCGAAUUAGGAAUUUAGCCUACUGAAUACAUUCUUGAUAAUGCCAUUAAGCAGGAAUAUGAAGAUAAGAAGAAUCUAAUCUCUGAUUUCGAGGUACACGGAUCAAAAAAUUAAAAAACAAAUAAUGGCUAGAAAGUCUAGAUCAUCAUCUAUCCAGGCUUUCACGAAAUUUUCCAAAAUAAAUCAAACCAAAAAAAGACAGCUCAGUUAAUCUGA